CUGUUGCAGAUUCGAAGUGGAGAGGGUAUAUAUAGACCUAGGUGACGAACGGGAUUACCGAAUGCGAUCGUGAAAGGCCACUGCUACAGACCAAGGAUCGCACAUAUACCCUCCCUGAAUCAGAAAGAACUAAAUCAAGCUUAUACCAACAUCAUCCGCCACCAGCGCACCAUAAACAUCACCGAAACGAAACAUGUGCAAGAAAGCAACCUGUUCCAAGUGUGACAAGCGAUCAUGGUGGGGAUGCGGCCAGCACAUCGCGACGGUCAUCGACGAAGUUCCUGAGGCAGAGCGUUGCACCUGCGAACCGAAACAUGAGGUCGAUGGCAAGAAGUACCCACCCAAGGCCGACAAACCCGAUGCUGCCUGUGCCGUCGCAUGAACGGAAAGCUAUGAUGUGCCAGGUCAUUCACACAUUGUCGACAGCGUUUUUGUUGGGGGGGG